AUGCUCUAGACAGAAACAAAAUCAUCACUAUAUGCUUCAAAAUUAAUCUAAUAAACAAACUAUUCUGCUUUAUCAUCUUUGCCUAAAACAUAUAUCAGAUAAGUUUAAGCUGAAGGUAUUCUAUAUUUACAAUGUAUAAGGUGAAAUAUUCAUGGCAGCUCCUUAAAAAUGUGCAAAUAUUUGGAAGGAGUUUAGAAGGAAUGACUUCACAUAAGUUUAAAUACCUUAUAAAACAGCUCUUUAAGUUUUUGAUGCUUGUAAAGAUGAUAUCUAUUCUAUGCUAAAAAUUAAUAGUGGAAAAGAUUUUUUUGAUUUAUUUGAUUAAGAUAAUGAUGGGUAAUAUUAUAGAUAAUCAUAUAGAUAUUUAAAUGAAGAUGAAUAAAUUCUAGUCUUUAGUAUAAUUAAAGAAAAAAUGCAAUAAGUUGCAAAUUUAUUAUUAUAAAUCUAAUAAUAUGUCCCUUUCAAAUAACUGAUGAAAUCAAUUAGAAAUUUAGAAGAAAACAUUUGUGAAUAUUAAGAUGUGUUAAGAAAAAAAAUAUAUAAGUCUGAAAUUGCUACAUAUAAAGAAAUAGGUUUGGAAAAAUUAGAUGAUUUUUAUGAGAAAUAUUACAAUUAAUUUUAAAACUUUGAAUAAUCAAAAUAAACUAGAAUGUAAUUACAAACAAUAAAUUUAGAUAAACAUAAAUAAUAUAAUAAUAAGAAGAAAUGAAUUAAUUAGAAGAAAAAUUAUCAAAAAAUACAGAAUUUCUUAAAGUUAAACCAAAAAGAAAAUUAAAAGAUUUGCAAACAUAAGAAAAAUUGGUUUCUUUAGAUGAAAGAGUAGAAGAAGCAAUGGAUUUUAGAAGAGAAUUAAAAAAUAUGGAAAAAAAAGAAUAAGAAAGAGUUGCUUCAGAAUAAAAAAAACGUAUUGAGCGCUAAAAAGAUGAAUUAGAAAGAAAACAUUAAAAAUAAACAGAAUAACUCAAAGCCAAAUUAAUUGAAUAAGAACAUAAAUUAAUUAUUUAACUAAAAAAAGAAUAUAAUGUUUUAUUGAAAUAAAUAGGAUUACAUAAUAAUGAAAUAGAAAGAAUAUAAUCAUCUGCUAUGUAAAGUGCUAUUCGAAAAGGAGAGAAAGAAGGAGAAUUAAAAAGAAUGAAGGAGAGAACAAGAAUUUAAAAUUUUAUUAUAGGAGAUGCUAAGAGUACUUUAAUAAGUCCUAGAAUAUAAUAAUAAAAUGCAACAACUUAUGAAGACACUUCUAGUUCAUCAUAUAGAUAACCUUUAACAUCAUCUAAAAGUGAAAGAGCUAUGCAUGAUAUUAAAACUCUUAUACAUAAACAGAAUUACACUUAAUUUUAUAUUAAAAAGAAAUAUGGAGCUGUAAUUAUAGAUACUCUUAUAUUAAGGAUCUCCCUGUUAAUUAUUAGCCUGAACCUUAUAAAGUAUAAGGGGAUAAUCAUGAAAGAAUUGAAAAAAUUUUAUCUGUAAAAAAGAAAAAUCCUCAUGAUAUUUUACCAUCUUUAACUGAAUUGUACGACAUUGAUAUGAAAUAAUAAGUAUUUAUUAUUAAAUAUACUAGAAUUUAGGGUAUACGUAAAAGUCAGAAUAAGAAUUAAUUUAAGAAAGACUUAAAAAAAAAUAGUAUAUAUUAGAAAAAUUAGAAGAAUCCACUCAUUGA